GGCGCCAGCCCUGACCCCGGCCCUCCAACCCCAGUCUCGUCUGGCCAUGCAGCACUCCCAGACUUGCACUGGUGUCGGAUGCAAGAGCCUGUGCUUAAGUAAGAAAGCAGGCCUUACCGGAGACAAUUCAAGCAAACCUUGGACAACUAUUUUUCCAGAACAGAAAGGAAACUCAUGCAUCAGAAAAGGUGACUAAUAAACAUACCAGAAGAAUAUGGCUGCACAAGUACCAGAAUCUGAUCAGAUAAAACAGUUUAAGGAAUUUCUUGGAACCUACAAUAAACUUACAGAAACCUGCUUUUUGGACUGUGUUAAAGACUUCACAACAAGAGAAGUGAAACCUGAAGAGACCAUCUGUUCAGAACAUUGCUUAGAGAAAUAUUUAAAAAUGACACAAAGAAUAUCUAUGAGAUUCCAGGAAUAUCAUAUUCAGCAGAAUGAAGCCCUAGCAGCCAAAGCAGGACUCCUUGGCCAACCACGAUAAAGAAGUCCCAACGGAUGGACUCCUGAUCAAAGAUUGCCAGCAGUGUUACCUGGAAAGUGAGGAUUCAUCUGAUAGAAUCCCCUGAAAGCACGAGCUGCCAUGUUAAACCAUCUGUCAUGACUGUUUGGCAAAUGGAAACCACUGAAGAAACAAAAUUGCUAUUCACUAGGAAUAAUCAAAAUAGGAGGUCUUAUUGUUCAAUGAAAAUAAUAAGAUGCAACAUUUGUUAAGGUCUUAAGAUUAGAAAAAUAAACCAUUAUUUCGUCAAUUGUGAAUGUUAAUUUUAAAGCAAAAUAUGUGUUCUAUCAUGUAUGAGACAGAGAAAAAGUUUUAUUACUAAAAGUAAAAUAAAUGGAAGUAUCACUGAGCAGUUGUUUAUACUAUAUAGUACCAUAGUAUUCUGACUGGACUGAGGAUACGUUGAAAUAUUUUUCAAUCAGGAUCAUCUUCCAAAUAUUCCUGUUCAUUCAUGUCUGCCUCAAAUUGCUGGUAAAUACAUAAAGUAGUUACUUGCUAAUCAUUUCAAUGCAUGAUCCUUUUCUUGCCUCCCUUCUUGUGUCAGGGUGGACAUUACACAUUCUUAUCCUAGCUACCUUUUCACAUAUCUUCAGGAAACAUUCCAUCUGAGACUAGCUUGGGAAUAUUUAAGACCAUUAUGCUCUAUUGGAGACUGUUGUUUUGUGUCUUGUUCAAAGUUGAGAGUCCAUUAUGAAUGAUUCUGAGUCAGACCAACAAACAAUAUUCAGUGUCUUCUCAGCCAUGACAUGAUCAGUGUAAUAAAAAGUGAACCAAAGUUAAAGUAGUGUCUUAUGACCAAAUGAACUCUAAAUCAAAUCCUUUCCUGCAUUUGCAGGAACUUCUAGUUGAUGCAUAAGUAUAACAAGCAGUUUAGUAAAUGUAAGUGAACUAAUACCUAUUAAUAAAUUGGCUAUGGAUGGAUUUCACUUGAUAUCAAUCUAAAAAGAACAUAAGUAGCUUAUAUGUAAAAAUUUUUGGAAGUGAUUUCUAUGUUUUGUCAUAUGAGAAAGUAGAAGUAAUGUUCUGCUUGGAUAAUUUAUGGUUUUCUAUAUUACAUCUAAUUUUUAAACCACUGGAUCAUUUAACUUACAGGCCCCUUAAGAUGAAGUAAUUAAACCUCUUCUUUCACAUACUUUUGACGCCAUAAUUACAGUCAAUAAUUUUAGACUUAAGGUUUGUGUCUAGACACCUAAUUUUACAUUUUCAACAUAAAUGUUCAUUGCUGGGUUUUUAGUAACUUUUCUUAGACAUUUAAAGAAGGCAUUUAUUAAAUGAAAUAUAUUACUAUUUCACAAAAAGGUUUAUUUUAAAAGCAUGGCCGUAUAGAGAUGACACAAUAAAUCAAAAUAUUUUGUAUUGAACCUUUUAAAGAAAAAGAUUUAACAGUGACUGCUUUCAAGCUGAUGGAACUAAUGUGAUACAAAAACAAUUUGAUUAACUCAACCAAUAAACAAUCAAAUCAGUUAA